GUAUUUAGUCAAUGGUGGCACAGACAUCUCGUCUGUAAUCUGUAACAGAAGCAAGGGUGGGGACUACUAUCUAUUAAUGUUCUGAUACACUGAAUUAUCGAAGCAUUAUAACUUAUCUCGCAAUCCCUCGUAAACUGCUCGGGAUGUGCACUUACGUUUCGCUUCAAUAUAUUUAUAGUAUAAUUAAAAAUUAAGAUGAACGUAUAUUUUCUUGGUGUUAAUAAUAUGAAACAACUGAUUAAUAAUUAUUUUGAAGCCAAAGAACCAUGGCAAAUAGUGACUAUAACCAGUACAACCAUCCUUGCCACAGUUUGGUUAUGGAAUUUUGUCUUUCAAGAUGAGAUGAAUAGCAAAUUUCGUUUUCUAGGUCUGGUAGAAAGAGCAAAGAAGCAACUGUUUAGUUUAAGGAAUUUUAUACCUGCUAUUAGAAAUAAAAUUGAUCAAGAAUUAGAUAAGAUUAAUCAAACGUUUGAACAAGAAACGUUACAGAGAAUAAAAGAUAUUCCUUUCAUUGUGAAACUUCCAGAGAAAAGUUUGGAACCGAAAGAAAUAUUAGAAAGAAUAAAAACAUGUGUUCAGUUAGCAUAUUGUUAUUUAGGUGAUUAUGAUUGGAAAAGUGGUAAAGUGUCUGGAGCUAUAUAUAGGGUUGAUAUUAAUCUUUUGCAAUUAAUGGGAGAUAUUUAUAGCAUUGCAUCAUAUACAAAUCCAUUACAUCCUGAUAUUUUUCCUGGUGUAUGUAAGAUGGAAGCAGAAGUGGUGAGAAUAGUUUGUAAUUUGUUCCAUGGAGAUGAAGAUUCUUGUGGCACUAUGACCAGCGGUGGUACGGAAUCGAUCUUAUUGGCAUGUAAAACAUAUAGGGAUUAUGCAAGGAAUGUGAAAGGUAUAAAAAAUCCAGAAAUAGUAAUGCCUAUAACAGCACACUCUGCUUUUGAUAAAGCUGCUCAGUACUUAAAACUUAAAGUACGUUCUGUCCCUGUCAACCAACAUAGCUAUACUGCUUGUAUUAAAUCUAUGGAAAAAGCUAUUACAAGGAAUACAAUAAUGUUAAUAGGAUCAACACCAAACUUUCCGUAUGGAACAAUGGAUAAUAUUAAAGCAAUUUCUGAUCUAGGAGUAAAAUACAAUAUUCCGGUUCAUGUUGAUGCUUGUCUCGGUGGAUUUUUAAUUUGUUUCAUGCCAAAUGCAGGUUUUAAUGUACCACCUUGUGACUUUAGACUUUCCGGAGUUACAAGUAUAUCGGUUGAUACGCAUAAAUAUGCAUAUGCUCCGAAAGGUUCUUCGCUUAUUCUUUAUAGAAAUAAAAAGUUAAGACAUUAUCAAUAUACUAUAACAACCGAUUGGCCUGGUGGUAUAUAUGGUUCGCCAACUGUAAGUGGUUCAAGAGCUGGUGGAAUUAUAGCAUCAUGUUGGGCUACAUUAAUGUAUUUUGGUUAUAAUGAAUAUUUAGAAUCGACAAAGAAAAUUAUAGAAACUACUAAAUAUAUCGAACAACGAUUGAGAAUAUUAGAUGGAAUUUUUAUUUUUGGUACCCCGGCUACUUCGGUUAUAGCAUUAGGGUCAAAUGAUUUUCACAUUUAUAAACUUUCGGAAGCUCUAAAUGUAAGAGGAUGGAACUUGAAUACACUUCAGUUCCCGUGUGGCAUACAUCUUUGUGUUACGUACGUCCAUACACAAUUAGGUGUAGCAGAUCAAUUUUUAAGUGAUGUUGAAACUGAAUUAAGUAUAAUCUUAAAAAAUCCAGAAGCUCCUGUUGAUGGGAAGCUUGCAAUUUAUGGAAUGAGUCAGAGCAUACCAGACCGAAGUAUUGUUGGCGACUUUGCAAAAUGUUUCUUAGAUUCUAUAUACUUUACGCCAGGAAAUAAAACAAUGGUUAAUAAUGGAUCGAGUAUCUAAAUUGAUGAUUACACUAUUAGCUUACUUUUUAUAAAGUCAAAUGUAACAGUAAAGAAGAAAUGAAAAAAAAAAAAAAAAA